AUGGCCCCAGCACACAUUUAUUACGCAGCAGCACUCUCUAUAUCACUGCAUAGGGAACCGCACCAGCCAGCAGCCAUGAAUGUAAAGGGGGAUAAGCCAAAGUGCAAGAUUUCAGCUUCUCGCAAGCUCUCCCUCAAAAUGCUCCUCUUGACCAGAGCCUUAGAGGACCUGCAGAAUGAAAGGCAGCAGAGAGAGGAGGACAAGAAGACGUACCUGGGAGAGAAGAUGCAACCUCUGCAGCUGUCUGGCAAGUCCCUGGACGAGCUACAGAACAUCUGUAAACAGCUUCAUGCCCGAAUCGAUGAGGUGGAUGAGGAGCGAUACGACUGUGAAUCUAAAGUCAACAAGCAUAACAAAGAUAUCCAUGAGUUGAAGCUGAAAGUGCAAGACCUGGGGGGUAAGUUCAAGAAGCCCGCCCUGAGGAAGGUGAGGGUGUCUGCAGACGAGAUGAUGAGAGCUCUGCUGGGCUCCAAACACAAAGGUUCCAUGGAUCUUCGCUCCAACCUCAAGUCCGUCAAGAAGGAGGACGUCAAACAGGACAAGGUGCUCACGUCUGAAGUGGGAGACUGGCGAAAGAACGUGGAGGCCAUGUCGGGGAUGGAGGGCCGGAAGAAGAUGUUCGACACGGGCGGAGCUGCGCAGUGA